AUGGACGAUGAGGGUAUCGAGCCAAAGUUCGAUGAUAUCCUGAAACUAGUAAAAUAUAGUGUCAAUCAAUCUAUGAGCAAGUUUGCCAGUCUAUUACAUCUCACCCUUAGAAUAGAGCAGUCUGAGAGCAAAAUGCAAUCAUUGAUGACGAAAGGGCCUCAGAGAGGUGGAUAUCGAGAAGGCUCCAUGAUGUCUAGUAAUGCAUAUAGACCUAGUGAGUAUAACAGGUUUCGUAGUACAUCCUCAACAGAUAAGUUACAAGAUGCAAGACAAACACCGCUGUGUUUUACACGUUUUCAAGAGGUGCAUACAAAGGUGA